AUGGGCAGGGAGCUGGUGGUGACGUUCUUCUGCUUCCUGGCCGUUGGUGAGUUCCAGAGAAAUGCAAUUGUGUCCCUGGCCACAGCCAGCUGCCCCCCCCCCUCCCCCUCUCUGCCUGCCCAGAUCAGCGUGUCCCCCCCUUGGCACGCCCUCCCUCUGUCGCAGUCUGACCUGGGCCUCCUCUUCUCCAACACCACCCCGUUCGCCUGCUCGCAGUCCCUGCUCAUGGUGCCUCCUGCAGGGGCGCGCUCCACACCGGGGGUCCAGGCUUCCUUUGGGCCUUACUUCACCUCACAGCCAGUCCCUGGGUCCCCCCUCCCUCUCUCCCCCCCUCUCUCAGCCUUCCUCUUGUCUAACAGUGUGGAAAGAGAGAGGGACGGGGAGAAAGGAGAGAGGUUCAGGGUUCGUGUUUUGUUUCACUGGCGCGGGGACGCCAGCAGAGGGCGCUGUGUCACUCUUCACGCGUUCAAGGAGACAGAAGAGCAGAGAGCUUCCACACAGGCGCCUCUGGGGCUGUGCGUCGUCUCUCUGGACCUGCCGAAGCGCUGGUUCCGGGCGGGAAGGCGACACGGCCACGCACUGCACUACCCGCCCAGGCACAGGGACCGCCGCUGGGCCCGGCGACACCGCCACAGGACCGAACCCGGCCGCUCCGCCCACCACGUCCAGCUCUACUACUCCUCCAGCGUGGCCUCGGGCCCCAGACGGGCGCCCCCUGGCUGCGCGGAGGAGCAACUGCAGCAGUCCCAGAGGAGGCUCCGGUACCUUGGGCCGCUGCCUGGCGCUGGGGGGGACGAUCAGUCUGGAGGGCAGCUGGGCCGUUCGGAUCGGCAGGAAGAGGAGGAGCUACUACUGGAUCCCAAUGUACUGAUUGGUUAUCGGCGGGGACCGGUCCGUGCCGGUCGACCAAUCGGGGUUUCUGUGAGCGUGCGGGCAAAUUUCACCGGGGAUUUUGUGGUCAUCAGACUCCGUGUGAGGAAGGGGUUGAUGUCCUUGCUGGCCCAGCCGUCUGUGGCAUCCGAGUUCUGGUCCACUUGGCUGGAAAGGACCCCAGGGUCCAGUCAUGACAUCAUCUCUGUCAUCUGCCUGAGGGAGGCGCGCGGGCAGGACCGCGGUGGCAGCCCCUCUGUUCUUCAUCAGGUCGCAUGUUUCUCAUUGGAUGGUUUGGAGGGGAGCUUUAGGGUUGCCAUGACAGUGGCCGUACACUGGUGGGUGGAGUAUUCUGGCCGCAACAGCCCACUCCCGCCACACGGUGGAGUGGUGAGCACAUUCUCCUUCACAGACCGGGAGAUCGUAGGCAUCGCCCCCAUAACUGAGAGCAGCACGAUCAUCAACACUGCCAUCCUGAACAGCCAGCGCGUGUCAAUUCCUGUCCUGGUCCUGGCUGUGGGUCCUGAGGGGAAGGUGUCUGACGUCACCGCCGCGGUCACCUGCCGUUCGGCUAACGAGGACAUCGUCAAGGUUUCCAGUGACUGCUCCACCCUCUUUGUGGACGGGACCGAAUCGGGGGUGGGCAGCGCUUGUGUGGGGGUGGAGUUCCGCCUGGGCAGGCUCGGGGGGGGGCAGUGCGUGUCCGUCUGGGUGCCCGCGCUGCCCCUCCGGGUGUCCCUCUCCGACCCCGUCCUGAGCCCCAUCCAGGGCUGGAGCCAGCUGGCCCAGGGCCGGUGCUCUCCCGUCUAUCAGCGUUCUGCGGUCCAGGUCCUGGCGCAGUUCACUGCUCAGUCUGUGGAGACCGGCCAGCUCACCUACAUGCUGGGUUCACCCGAUUGGUUCAUGGACGUGACUGAACUGGUCCGUGACUGGCUGAAGGUGGAGCACCCAAUGGUGGCUGAGCUCGACGAGCGAACCUAUCUGAUUGGCUUACAGCCUGGAGUGACAUCCCUGCAGGUCAUAUCUAACCAAUGGGACGGAGUCCUGGGUUCCUGUGAUGUCACUGUGACUGCGGACCAUGUGACAGCCGGUGACCUAUCGGUCCAGUUGGUGGGAGGACUGAGUCUGUCAGUCACUGCCAACCCGGCCCACCCCUCCAUAGUCACGGCAACGGCUAUGGCUCACAACAUUCUGUACAGCUAUGGGCAGGAAGCAUCCUUCAGCGUCUGGCUCCAGUUCAGCGAUGAAACGGCCACGCUAGUCUCCGCCUUCGAGCCCGCCCCCUUCUCCCUGCAGCUGUCCUCAUUGGCUGAGACUGUGGUCGCCGUGACGCCCGGGCCGACCCAGCGGGUGGUUGCCCAGGGCGAUGGGGGCGGACCUUUGCUGAGGGCAGAGCUGCUGGUCUCCACCUGUCAGCCAAUGACUGACUCGGCUCAGAAGCAAGCAGCCAAUGAGAGAGCAGGCGGGGGAGGAAGCGGCGGGACUAAGACGCUAGCCAGGGGCUCUGGUUGGGUGAGAGUGAAUGUGGACUGGGAGCUCCACCCUGAGGGCGGCGAGGAGCCCUGGUUCGAGGUGCUGGAAAUGUCUGACCUGUCUGAGAGAGAGCUGUAUGAACUGACCACUUCCUCCGGCCUGGACAGGGAGGAGGAGGAGGAUGAAGAUGCCUAUGGUGGCAGGAACCACAGCCUGAGGAGCCCACUGGAGAGAGCAGUGCUGAGGCCCGGCCGUAAUGGGGGCGGGGGGUUCUCCCCCCCCAGCAGAGAGGGGGGCGGCGGGGGGGACGGGGAGCUGCAGGUGGGGGCCGGGACCCUGCUCUCCCUCCUCUGCUUCUCCACACUCCUCUUCCUGGUAGUCAGGGAGGGCAUUCCACAGGCGGGGAGCAGCCGAGCAGAAGGCUCGGUCGCCCAUGGUGCAGAGCUUGGUCUUGAUCCUAGCAGCGCUGUUCUGGAUAUAUUGGAGCCUCAGGAGGCUCUUGCUAGGGAUCCCGAUGAGAAGUGCGGUACAGUAAUCCAGCCUGCAGGAGACAAAGGCGUGGACAAGUUUUUCUGCAUCUGGGAGGCAAUGGAAGGAAAUUUCAUACUGGCUGAUGACACGGCCAAGGGGGAGCAAGUAGAGGGUGAAGAGGACGGGGCCGAGGACGGAUCCUUGGGGGACACCACAGGCCAUUUUGUGGACGGUGAGGCCUGUGGCCUUGAGGCGUAG